CGUGCAAGUUCACCACCCAAUCUGCAACCGAUCCGUCCAGGGCAGAUUGCACGAUCCGGAUGCAGGCUUUGUCGCUGGGGAUGUCCCACCCAUAUUCCUCCAUGUAUUUUGAUUCAAAUACAUGGCUAUAUACCUAAAGUGGAACUAUAACUCUGAUCUUACCAUUUUUAGUCUUUAAGCACUCAGUCAGCAAAUUGUUGUAUCAAACUCUACUUAAAAGUAAAAGAAUAAACCAAAAAUGUUUUGGCAGACUCAGCUAAAUGUACACACCAGCCAGUGAGCCUGCUUUCCCUGCUAACAAUCUAGAUUAGAAAACCAAAGGUGAACAUUUGGCUUUUAAACUUAUUGCCAAUGAAUGAAGUAUGCUGCCCCUAAAUAUUUGUGUCAAUUUUUUACUAGUAGUACUGUCAUUAAACCACAACCUAUAAAGUAAUCCAAGGGUGGGGAAAGUGAUUUCAAAAGAAGGCAGAAAGAAGUCCUGAAAUCUCUUCCAGUUCUGCUUCUGGUUGCACUAAAUGAUGCUGCUUAACAGGGUCGGUGGAGGAAAUGCCAGUUAUUCAACUGUUUUGCUUGUUUCCAUCUUAUUUUUCCAAAUCUGGGUAACCAGCAUGUCAAAACCUAACAUUUUGAUCUUAAUGGCAGAUGAUCUUGGAAUUGGCGAUUUGGGAUGCUUUGGAAAUGAUACUAUCAGGACACCAAAUAUUGAUCAGCUGGCAAAAGAAGGGGUAAAACUUACUCAGCAUAUUAGUGCAUCAUCUCUUUGUACUCCAAGCAGAUCUGCUUUCCUGACUGGUAGAUAUCCCAACAGAUCAGGCAUGGCAGCUACGACUGAAAGGCAUGUCGAGGCUGGUCCUGGUACCACAGGAGGGCUGCCUACAAAUGAAACCACAUUUGCUACCUUAUUACAGCAGCAAGGUUACACUACUGGCAUAAUAGGAAAAUGGCAUCAGGGUUUGAACUGUGAAUCUCACAAUGACCAUUGCCACCAUCCUUUAAACAAUGGCUUUGAUUAUUUCUAUGGUGAUCCUUUCACUCUUGUGAACGAUUGUCUGAGUUGGGAAUAUUCAGAGCUUGAACCAGGAAAUAAUAAUCCAUAUUAUGUUCAAAUAGUUGCCAUUGUGCUGUUUACUCUUCUGGUUGGAAAGAUUAUUGGUUUGGUUUCUUUGAAAUGGAAAAUAAUUUUCAUCAUUAUAUUGUGUGGCAUUCUCUAUAUUACCUAUACUUUUGUGCAUUAUUUAUUACUGAAAUCCUGGAACUGUCUGAUGUUCAGAAAUCAUGAAAUCAUUCAACAACCACUGAAACUAGAGGAUGUGGCUUUUAGGAUAGUGAGGGAAGCUGUCUCAUUUAUUGAAAGAAACAAAAACAGGCCAUUCCUCCUUUUUGUUUCAUUCUUACAUGUCCACACACCAUGUUAUAGCACCAGUUUGUUCCAUGGAACAAGCAAGCAUGGCUUAUAUGGAGACAAUGUUAUGGAAAUGGAUUGGAUGGUUGGAAACAUUCUUGCUGCUCUCAACAAAGAGGGAUUGAAGAAUGAUACUUUUACAUACUUUACUUCAGAUAAUGGAGGAAGAAUAGAGAUUUUUCAAUGGGGUGAACGGCUGGGUGGCUGGAAUGGUAAAUACAAAGGUGGAAAGGGCAUGGGAGGUUGGGAAGGAGGAAUCCGGGUGCCUGGAAUAGUUAGAUGGCCAGGAAAGAUCGCUCCUAAUACUGUUCUUGAGGAACCCACAAGCCUGAUGGAUAUUUACCCCACAGUGGUGUAUUUGGCUGGGGCGUCAGUGCCACAAGACAGGAUAAUUGAUGGCAAGAACCAGAUAGAAUUAUUGCUCAGAAUUGUUCAGCGUUCAGCUCAUGAAUUUAUGUUUCAUUACUGUGGGACAUAUUUACAUGCAGUGCGUUGGCAUGACAAGGAGAGUCAUGGAUCGCUGAAUAACUUCACAAGUAUUUGAAGGCAUAUAGAAAGAAGCAUAUAUUCAAGGGAGACAAUAUUCAUCAGAGGGAAACCCGCACAAGUGCAACAAAGGGACGUCAUCUAGAAGUUUCGCAACCUACAUCUACAAGAAGGACUUAGCUGGAGGUUUUCCUCGCCUUUGAGCCGGGAAGCGAAGCUACCCCGAAGAUCUCUUCCACCGCUGAGCUGGAAGGGCUGGAGGAGCUGGCCGAGGGAAGAGGAGAUAGGCCUCGGAGCCAGCUCGCCUGCCAGUAGCAGUAGCAGCCGCCGCCGCCGCCGCUGCCCCAGCCCGCUGCUGCUGCCCCAGCCCACUGCCCCGGCCUCCUCCUCGGCCUCCUCCUCAACUUCUUCGUCCGCCGCCUCGGCCGCCUCGUUGUGCCUAGAGGCCGCCGCCGCCUCGUCCCUGCCGCCCGGCAUGUCCCGCGUCCCACGUGGCGGCGACCCAUGGCCCGACUUUCUGCCACUGGAGAGUGCCAGCCUGCCCCACCAGCAGUCGCAGCCUCCCCCGUGGCGGCAAGCCUCAACGCAGCCGCCCGCCUGGGCAAUCCGGCCUGGUGCUCAGCCGACCCUCGCUGCCCCGUGCGCGGCUUCCUUUUCCUUUUUCUCCGCCAUCAUCGCUGCCGCUGCCUCGUCGUUUUCCUCGGGCUCCGCGGCGGGGCCUUCUCCGGUGACCUGGGCUCCCCAUGUGACUUCACCCACUGCCUCGGUGGCAACCGCCACUGCCGCCGUUGCGGUGACGGCCAGCAACAAGAGGAAGCGUGACAACAAGGCCAGCAUCUUCAGCUUCAAUUGUACGCUGUUGCUGGGUCCUGCCGGGGAAAGCGGCGGGCCGGCGUUGGGAAUGGGCCCUUGGGGAGGCUGUCAAGCAGGCCGGAGGAGCUGGCCUACACUGGCACCCCAUGGAAGAAGACGAAUUACAGUCCCGCCGUGGCUGGGUUGACUUUACACAAUUGUUGGAUGUCCGGAGAAGCCAUUGAUGAGCUGCACGAAAGGUACUUGGAGAAGUUGACCCAGCUCUUUGAGGAGCAUAAGGC